UUUUCCCAAGGUGAAACAAUGGCUAACUAGGUCAUGCGUUUGCCCCAACACUGAAUGAUAGGAAGCUUAUGUGAAUUUGUGUGUUUUCUCUCCAACUUUCAUGGAUGAGCGUUACUAAAUGGAUCUUCUCAAAGCUAAACUCUCAGUUUCCAUCGGGGUACUGCUCUUUCUCUCUCAUUUCCACCUCCAAGACGUCGGCUUCCCCAAACCCAUCUUCAUCAAACACUUCAGCUACAUUCAGGAGCAAUGUAAUAGAAAUAAGCCGCCUUCUUUCCCGUUGUGGAAGCGGAGGCAAUCUUCGUGUAGGAUCUUGUCUCCACGCCUAUAUUAUCAAGAACCCACCAGUCCUUGAUUCCAGAAACACUUUUAAUAACCGAAAUGUCUAUGUAGUUUACAACUCCCUACUUUCUAUGUACUGCAAAUGUGGGGAGGUUCGUGAUGCAGUUAAGCUGUUUGAUAGAAUGCCGCUUAAGGACACUGUUUCUUGGAAUUCGAUUAUAUCCGGUUUCUUGAAAAACGGGAAGCUAGAAUCUGGGUUUGGUUGUUUCAAGUCAAUGUUUGAUUCUGGGUUAUAUCGAUUUGAUCAUGCCAGUUUGACUACGAUCUUGUCGGCUUGUGAUGGGAUUGGUUUUCUUGGAACCGUGAAGAUGAUUCAUGGUUUGGUAACCUCGAAUGGUUAUGAAAAUGAAAUAACUGUUUUGAAUGCUUUGAUAACCGCAUAUUUUAGAUGUAAAUGUUAUGAUUCGGGGAUGGGUGUUUUUGAUGAGACGGUGGAGAGAAAUGUUAUUACUUGGACAGCUGCAAUUUCUGGUCUUGCUCAAAAUGAAUACUAUGAGGAAAGCUUGAAGUUGUUUGUGGAAAUGCACUUUGAGUUGGUGGUUCCUAAUUAUUUGACGUAUCUAAGUGUGCUUUUGGCAUGUUCUGGCUUACAAGCGCUCAAGGAGGGUUGCCAGAUACAUGGGAUUGCUUGGAAGUUGGGUAUACGAUCGGAUUUGUGUAUUGAAAGUGCAUUGAUGGAUAUGUAUUCAAAGUGUGGUAACAUGGAGGAUGCGUGGCGGAUAUUUGAGUCAGCUGAGGUGCUUGAUGAGGUUUCUAUGACUGUUAUACUAGUGGGUUUUGCACAAAAUGGUUUUGAGGAUGAGGCUAUACGGAUGUUCACAAGGAUGGUGAAGGAAGGUUCCAAGAUUGAUCCAAACAUGAUUUCCGCGAUUCUUGUAGUUGAUGUGGUUGAUAAUUCAUUAGGUCUCGGUAAACAAGUUCACUCUUUAGUAAUCAAAAAAGGCUUUGCUUCUAAUGUCUUCGUCAGCAAUGGCUUAAUUAACAUGUAUUCCAAGGGUGGGGAGUUGGAGGAAUCUGCCAAGAUUUUUUAUCAAAUCCCUCAAAAGAAUCAAGUUUCAUGGAACUCCAUGAUUGCAGCUUUUGCUCGCCAUGGAGAUAGCUUUAAAUCCCUUAAAUUACAUGAAGAAAUGAAGUUAGAAGGAGUAGAACCGACAGAUGUUACAUUUCUAUCUCUGCUUCACGCAUGUAGUCAUGUAGGGUUAGUUCACCAGGGUUUGAAGUUGUUUGAAUCAAUGGUAAAAGAUUAUGGUAUGCAUCCAAGAAUGGAGCAUUAUGCCUGUCUUGUUGACAUGCUUGGUCGUUCAGGUCUUAUAAAUGAAGCCAAGAAUUUUAUAGCCGGACUCAGUGUAAAGCCAGAUGUACUUGUUUGGCAAGCAUUACUUGGUGCUGCUAGCAUUCGUGGUGAUAUUGAGACAGCAAAGUACGCUGCCGUUCAACUAGCUCGGGCUGAACCUGAUAGUCCCGUGCCAUACAUUUCAAUGGCAAAUAUCUAUGCUUCUCAAGGCCAUUGGAGAGAGAGAGCACGAGCAAUGAAGAAAAUGAAGGAGAAGGGAGUAUCGAAAGAGACGGGGAUAAGUUGGAUUGAGAUUGAUAAGAAAAUCCACAGUUUUGUAGUUGCUGAUCAAGUGCAUCCACAAGGUGAUGAUAUUUAUGGUAUAUUAUCAGAGUUGUUGAGACACAUGAGAGAUGAAGGCUAUGUACCGGAUGGGAGGUUCAGUUUUGUCCGCUUGGACCGUGGCCAUUCAAUGGAGUUACAAAAUUCUGUUUUUUCUCCAAAGCGAAGAACCAAGGAUGAAGAGAAUAUUUUUCAGCCAUGUCCUGGUUAAAUGGACAAAAAUGGAUUCACCUUUUACAUUAAUACAGUGUAACAAGUCAUUGGAUCAAUUUUCGCAUCACGUCAGGAUGGCAAUUCUUGUGA